GUCUGGCUUCACUCUUCAAUAAACUACAACCUUCUUUCUAAAGUAGUCUCCAUUUUGUUUAUUCCCAGCUUGGACUGGACCCUGAUGAAGAUUUUUCUUUCUACAAACGUGUUAAGUUCAUCACAUCCAUCUACUCUCUGAAUACUUGGCUUACAAUUCCCAUCACUCCCACUGGACAGGUCUGAUUAAAGGCCACCUCAAGGAGGAAAAACUGGUUAAUCUCCGCCGUCUUGAAGGAGGAUGUAAAGAGCAAAUUUCUCCAGUUCUCCGUAUGCUGCUUACGUCUGGCAAUUAUGGAAAGCUUGUGGUCAGUUAUCUUUCUACUUCAGAAGAGAGAUGGAUAGGUAGGUGUGUGCGUCCGUCCAACCGACAGCGGGGGUGGUGAUCGCGAUUCCUCCUCCUUCUUCCCCCUCCCCUCCAUUCUAUCCACCUGGCCUCCCGUUGCUGCGUCGCAAAGGCCCUUCCAGGCGGAGUCCGCGGGCGCCUCCCCGCCGUUGGGCAUCCUUCCUGCCGGGACGGAGGGAGCUCGGGUGGGCGGUUUUUUUUUCCUUUCUCGUCCGGAUCGACGAUGCAGAGGCGGUUUGGCGCGCCGCUCUCUUCCUUAUUUCCGCUGCUUUUCCUGUUGAGUGAAUCCCCGUCCAAAGCCUUGUCCUCUGUGAUUCCUACAACCGAUUGCGGAACAAGGAGAGUUGUGGAUGACAUAGUAACAGGGACACGAAUUGUUGGUGGGCAUGAUGCUCAGCUUGGUGGAUGGCCAUGGCAAGUUAGUCUUGAACUUUAUCGUUUCGGUAAAGGAUUUGUUCAUGUAUGUGGUGGAUCAUUAAUUAAUCACAACUCAGUGUUGACAGCUGCACACUGCAUUAAAGAAUGGACGGUCGCUUCGUUUUGGAGAGCUGUGGUUGGAUUGCAUCAUAUUUCUAGAUACCACGUCCAUACUAAAAAGAGCCGGAUCAGGGCUAUCAUUAUGCAUUCUAGUUUUAACAAGAUUACCUAUGAGAAUGACAUUGUCUUGUUCAAACUGAUGGAGUCUAUCAAAUUCAAUCAGUAUAUCCAACCCAUUUGUAUACCUGAUGCUCCUGUUACUCUAAAUGAUGAGAUGCCCUGUUUUAUAACUGGAUGGGGACAGACAACAGAAAAAGAGAGAGAGAGAGAUGUUUUACAAGAAGCACAGGUCGAUAUUAUUCCAAUAUCAACUUGUAAUAAACAUGAUUGGUAUGCAGGGAUGGUGAAAGAGAAAAUGCUUUGUGCCGGCUCUGAAAAAGGAGGAAUUGAUGGUUGCCAGGGAGACAGUGGUGGUCCUCUUGCAUGCUAUCUGCCAGAUGUCACCAAGUACUAUCUGGUAGGGAUCAGCAGCUUUGGUUUCGGUUGUGGCCGGCCAAAGUUGCCAGGAGUCUAUCUGCAAACAGGGUUUUACAGAAGUUGGAUACAGUCUCAAGUUAUUUUAUUCGACAAAGCCACGACUAUGAAGACUCCUUAUCUUUUCUUUUUGACUGCAGGAUGGAUAGUUUUCUGCAGUGUUUUAUGA